CUCAGAAUAGCACAACACAAGUGACAGAAUUCAUCUUAAUUGGCUUCCAACUACCUAGGCCCAUGGAAUUCUUCCUUUUUUCAUUGAUUCUGGUUGUGUUUUUUUUCACCCUAGCUGGAAACCUCAUGAUUAUCACUCUGGUAUGCAUGGACCAACGCUUGCAAACCCCCAUGUAUUUCUUCCUUUGUAACCUUUCCUUUUUGGAGAUAUUUUUUGUUCUGACAAUCACACCAAAGAUGAUGAUAGAUCUAGUUUCUCAGAACAAAUCUAUCUCUUUCUUGGGCUGCAUCAGUCAGUGCUAUUCUUAUUUCUUCCUUGGUACCUGUGAAAUCAUCCUGAUUGCCAUAAUGGCCUUUGACCGCUACAUUGCCAUCUGUCAUCCGUUGCGCUACACGAUCAUCAUGAAUGGACGGGUUUGUGUGAAUUGGAUAUUGGUGUGCUGGAUUGGUGCUUUCAUGAAUAAUUUUGGCCCCAUUGUUCUCCUGAGCCAACUGUCCUUCUGCAGCUCUAACGUUAUUGAUCAUUUCUUCUGUGACUAUGCUCCACUGAUAAAGCUUUCUUGCAAUGAUGUAGAUACUCUCCUGACUCUGGAAUCUACCCUCUCUCCUCUGGUGUUACUCAGCUCUUUGUGUGUAACUGUUGUCUCUUACCUCUACAUAAUUGUGACUGUCUUCAACAUGCAUAUCAGUGGCAGCCGUGGGAAGACUUUUUCAACCUGUGCCUCUCAUCUAACAGUUGCUUCCAUCUUCUAUGGCAGUGCCAUCUUCAUGUACUCUUUGCCCAGCAAGGGUCGUUCUCUGGAUGUCCAGAAAGCUGUGGCAGUUCUAACUGCUGUGGUCACCCCAUUACUGAACCCUUUUAUUUACACUUUACGGAAUGAGAAGGUCAAGGAUGCUUUCCGAGACUGUUUGCAAAGACUGUUUGAAUUUUGUGAGAAGAAACCAGUGAUAACACUUAGCCAACCUUGGAUGAUCUCAAACAAAUCAACUUAGAGUUGGAGCUUGUUGAUACAUGGAUAAGAGAACUAUCACCUACUGCUGUAGUCUAGACUGGGAUCUCAAAAAUACAUUCCAGAAGAGCACAAUGAAAAAGGGACUUCUGUGCUGCUACUAGGAGAACAGCAUGGGUAUGGCCACAGUUACAUCAGAGUUAAAUUUUGUGAAAGGUGGUUUU